AAAAGAUUUCAUUAUAUAAGUAUGUAAAUAUGAUGCUUGCAGAGCUAGCGUGAUGCGAAUUUAGUAGAGAACAUUUUUGAAAAAAAUGUUUUUGUGAAUAAAGUAAAUAAUUUGAUGAUUCCAUCAAUAAUUUAAAUGCCAAUUGGUAUGGAGAAAUUGCAUGAGUACCAAGGAAUUUCUGGGCGCCUACACGAUUGGCGAGAGUCGUGUAAAGAGAGAUUUUCAAAACUUAAAGAAAAUUAUUCGAUAAACAUUUUUGAAAUUGCCAAAAACUCUGCAGACGAUCAACUAAAAGGAAAUGCAAGUGCAUCCCAGGACUAUUCACAUAUAUACCGACAUAAAACCCGAUUAGAAUUAGUAAGGAUAUCUGCAGCCGUGAUGGGAAUCGAGUUUUCGUAUGCAGCGGAAACAGCGUUUGUUUCACCAACUUUAUUGAAAAUCGGCAUUGAGCAUCAACACAUGACGUUGGUUUGGGCAUUAUCACCUUUAAUUGGAUUCUUUGCUUGCCCUUUCUUAGGUUCAAUGAGCGAUCGCUGCAAGCUAAAUUUAGGUCGAAGAAGGCCAUUCAUAGUAUUACUAUCCAUGGGAGUUAUUUUUGGUAAGUCACGAAAAUUAUUUUAA